AUGAUAAUUUUUCUUGUAUUCUUUCCCUCAAAGGCCUAUAAUUUUGUAUUUGCUUCUAUUUAACAUCCAUAGGUGGUUCAUCAUCAAAAAGAGAUGUUAUCUGGUAAAAACAUCCAAUGGAACAUGUUUAAUUUAUAUCUCUUUGUUUAUGCUUUAUCUGAAGUUACGUAGUUAAAUCAAGGCAACUUGAGAUUAUUCAUUACAGUUUGGCAUCGAGGGAACUUUUUGAAGAUUGGAGGAUUUAAAAUUUUCUUGUUCAAAUUGGCUCAUCUCAUCGUUUUGAAGUACUAGAUCAUCUUCAAAUUGAAAAUCCAAAAAGGGAGGCUCAUUGACUAACUUUAAUUAUUUUCAAUGGUUACAAUUGGAAGAAUUCAAAUCUUCAAAUUGAAAAAGUUGGGGUUCAAACAUGGCAUAAUUAUCGAAGUUUAUGAAAUGAUCAUAAUAGGAUUUCAUGGACAUGAUGCAGCUGGGUUGAGGGGGCUAUUGGGAAUAAUGAAAUAAGUGUUAGAGACAUCGAUUUAUUUCUGA